UAUGCUGUGAUAUUUUUGUUAAUAUUUUUAUCCUGGAAAGUCAAACAUGCUAAAUAUGGUAAACUGUGAUACUUUUUAUGGUCUUCCCUUUAUUUUCACUUUCCCACUUUUUUAAUUCUUUUUUUUUUUUUUUCAAUUUUCUUUUUAUAUUCUCAAAUUCGAUUAGAAAAAAAUUCGAAACUCGUGAAUUUUUUUUGAAUUCGAUUCGAAAGGAAAAAUCACAAUUCGCAGAUGUCUAGUUUUUUCUCUCUCCGUAUAUUAGAGGUAUGGGACAUCAAAAUACGCAUCUGUCGCCCAUUGACUUUAGAUACAGAAUUAUAAACUACAUAUUGUGAAAACAUUCUGCAGCAGUUUUUGCUGAACGGAAAAACACGGAUGAGAAGACAGACGAAAUGUGUUUGGUAAGUGAUUUUUCGUCAAAUGAAAUGGAACAGGACAGUGCUUAUCAGAAUGAAAUUACAGAACUACUUUUGUGCAAGGAAAUGUAUUUUACAAAGACAUUUCAAGAGAAAUCACCUUUAAAUGAAAUAGAUCUUGCUGACAUGGAUGAAAUAGACUUAGAUUUAGAGGCCAGGUCCCUUUCAAGUGACGAAAUUUCUCUUGAAGGGCUGAAAUAUGUUUCUGGCUAUAUAGCUCAUCGUUUCAGAAAUAAAUAUCCUGACCUUGGCACUACGGAUUUCAAUUCGGAGGACGAUAGCUGGAUACAUGUACAAUCAAAGGGUAACUUAAAAUGUCCCACUUAUGAAUUUUUUGAAUUAAUAAAGAUCGCUGAAAUGUGUUUUGAUAAUGUUCAUGGCAACAAUUUGUGCAAAAAAGAGCGGAUUUUUGAAUCACUGACUAAAAUUAUUUGCGGAACUACUGAAAAUAAAUAUCCAGAAGAAGUUAUAUACUGUUUUGUCAGGACAAGAAUGUAUAUGCUUAUCAAGUAUUUGAACAUGAAAUAUUUUAACGAACAAGACCAAAAACGCAAAGAAAGAAAUAAGAUGAGGAAAAUUACCCUCUAAGAUUUUUCAGUGUGAUAGUGUCCACUUUCCUUCACCAUAAUAUGUAUGUUCAUAAUUUAUUUACGAUGUUUUUUAAUUACUAUAUGUAUUUAAGAAAAGCAUUUAUUGUGAAUAUCGCAGCAAUUAUGUAGGGCUUAAGGUAUUUAUUGUAUUCCAAAUAUUGAGUAUGCCAUUUUUAUUGCCUUUAUUAAAAAUAAUAUAUAUGUUAACAAUGUAACAAAAUUGCGAUAUUUUUGUAUUGCUAUUGCAAUUUAGUUUCUUGUAAACAUUAUUGUAGACUUUUUCAUAUUGAAAUUAAAUAGGGUUGUUUGUAUUUUAAUUUUACAGUUAUAAGAUUUUUUAUAUGUUGUUUACAGUCAUUCAGGGUAACUUUGAACCAUUGGGGUUAACUUUGCACCACCCUUCAAAUUUCAUUCCCUUUGUGUAACACAAAAUAUACAUUUACUAUUAUUUCUCUUUGGUGGUUGUAUACUGAAGCUUGGUUCUUGUUCUAUUAUUAAAAAUGUAAGUUGGUUAGACUGGAGUCUAAAUAUUUUUUCAGUCACUUGUUAUCUAUGGUAUUGUUUUGGUGUGUCUUUUAGAGUUCUAUUUUCAAGUUGAUGAUAAAGAUUAGGCCAAAAUGCCAAAAGUGAAACCUGGUGGUUCAGUCAGCCCAGGAGUACGACGAUAUGGAACCAAGAGUCGCUACACAACAGAGGAACUGGAGAGGAUCCUCAGUGACAUAAAAUGUGGCAAAAUCAGUCAACGAGAAGCAUCAAAGUUGUACAACAUCCCAAGAAACACAUUGAGGAAUAAACUAUUAGGACAACACAACAAGAAAGUAGGAAGACCAACAAUAUUCUCAAAGGAGGAAGAACUGUUUUUCAUUCAACACAUUCUGUACCUUAGUGAUGAAGGCAUUCCAAUAUCUCUGUUUGAUGUUCGGUGUGUUGUAAAAUGCUAUCUGGAUACCCAAAACAGAAAAGUGCAACAAUUCAAGGGGAAUAUGCCGGGUUGGGACUGGAGUCAGUCAUUUUUGGAACGACACAAAGCUGCUCUGAAACAGAGACUCGAAACAAAUAUCAGCAGAAGACGGGCACAAGUGAAUGAAGAGACAUUAAAUGAAUUCUUCAACAAUUUUGAAGGUGAAGUUAGUGAAGUUUCAGCAUGUAAUAUUUACAAUUAUGAUGAAACUGGCUUCCACGAUAACCCCAGUAGAAGAAAACUUCUGUUUCGCAGAAGCUGUCGUCACCCAGAAAGAAUACGCAAUUCUACGAAGAGUUGCUACACUGUUGUAUUUUGUGGAAGUGCUGAUGGCAAUUUCAUUCCACCUUAUGUCAUAAUGAAAGGUACUCAGAAAUGGUCUGACUGGGUGUAUGGUGCACCGGAAGGAACACGUCUGAACACAUCAAAAUCAGGUUGGAUCGACAACAAAGUUUUUGAUGAUUGGUUUGAAUACCAUUUCCUUCCUAUUGCAAAGACAAAACCUGGAAAAAUUAUACUUAUUGGUGAUAACAUGUCUGCACAUCUGUCCAUUUACACACUCAAACUUGCAGCAGAAAAUGAUGUCAGGCUAUUGUUUUUUCCACCAAAUUCCACUCACUUACUGCAGCCACUUGACGUAGCAUACUUCUCUAGUCUGAAAACAUACUGGCGUCAAGUUCUAUCUAGUUGGAGAGAAACUAAAGGUGGGAAAAAAGUGGUGGCAUUACCAAAAGCAGUCUUCUGCCAGCUAUUGAAGGCUACACUUGAAAAGGGGCAAGAAACAGGAUGUAACAACUUGAGGAAAGGAUUCGAGUGUUCAGGACUAAACCCGGUAAACAGAGACAAAGUUCUACAGAAACUUCCAAUGUAUGCCCGAACUACUGACGAAGUACGAGAAGAUGUUGGAAAUGAGUUCAGAAAAUACAUCGAGUCAGUAAGAACAAAUGAUUUAAGCGCUGUUCACAGAGCUAGAAAGUUUUGCUUGCCAGUGAGAGCUGGCAAGAGUGUUUCUGUAGAGGAAGUUGAAGCCUACUAUGCAAACAAAGAAACGGAGGAAAAACAGAAAAUGACUAGCAAAGGAAGAGGUGGAGCAAGAACUCGAGGAGGCAGAUUAAAGUCAUCUUCAGUUAGAACACAAGGAGGACGUUUGCAGAGUAGAAAUGACUCUUGUUCAUUAUAAAUUUCAGACGGAAAUCCAUCUAAUGCUCCUGUUACUUCUGCGCAGGUAAGCACAGAAGUAAUGUUGGACCACAGUGAUGUAGUAGCAGAAGUGGAGAACACCAGUCAACUGGCAUAUGCGAUUAAUGAACCAUCAACUUCUAUUGCCACAAUAGUAAUUGAGCAUCAGGCAGUAGGUGAAAAUAUUUCUCACACAGAACUUGCAAGUGUUGCGAGUUUACCUUCUAACAUAUACAGUGUUGAAGACUAUGUUGUUGUCCAUUAUGAGGGGGUACUUUAUCCAGGGCAGAUUAUUAAAUUAGAGAACAAUUUGUGCAUGGUUCGAUGCAUGGAGAAGUCUGGCAUCAAUUGGAAAUGGCCUAAAAAUAAUGAUGAUUUGUGGUAUGAAAAAACUGAUGUUUUUAAAAAAUUGUCCCCACAGUGUAUAACACCUGCAAGUAAUCGUGGAGUUUUUCAGGUUACUGAUCCCUUGCUUUGUGCUAAAGUGCUUUUUUAACCAAAAAACUUAACUGAAAAAAUGUUUGUUUUUUUAGUUAUACUUCUGUAGUAGAGCACUUAGUUAUAGUCAUUUCAAAUGUUAAAUUAAAUGCUACAUUUAGUAUUCUAUCAAAACAUUUUUGUUAAUUUAUUCAGGUAAUAUUAUUUAUGUAUUUAUUUUAUCAAUGUGGUCUGUGUUAUGUAGAAACGUUUGAAGAUUGUUUUUUUUAAUCACUUUUCAGUGUUUUUCCGUACAAAAAAUUACACUUUAAUACUUAAACUUUAUUAUUUCUCUUUCUCAUCAUUGCCCAUUAUAAUACAUCAACAUCUAAUUUUAAAAGUGCAUUAUAUUAAUUGUUGGAAACUGUUGGCCUAGAUUUUUAGUGUAUGUUGUUUGUUUCUUCCAGUGGUGCAAAGUUAACCAGACUUCUAACUUCCACAAAAUAAUGCAUUUCUCAUGGGAAAAUGUUCCCUGGUUCAAAGUUACCCUGAUUGUCAGUGUAACUUUGCACCACGAUAAAAUUGAAAUUUUUGCUAUAUAAUUAAUAACUUAUUGCAUUCUUAGCAACAUGUAACUAUUAUUUAGGAGUACUACUUCCAUUUUAUACCUUUUACCAUACGAAUACCAAAACAACACAAGUUAGACAACUGUUUAUAGACAGAAUGUGGUUCAAAGUUACCCUGAAUGACUGUACUGUUUACAAACAUUUGAAAAAUAUUUCCUUAACCAUAUUUCCAUUUCCAUGGCAAUAGUCUUGUUAGCUUUUCGGGUAACUCUUCUACAUGGAUGAUAAGAUGGUGCGACAUCUAAAACAUAUCACACCACCUUUACAUAACUAUAAAACUAAGAGGUGUUUUCUUUACAUAAUAUUAAAGCACAAUGUUUCCUUGUGGCGUAGGUGAUUUAGAAUUUCCAUUUAUCUAGAAAAAUGGGCUUUCAGAAUGUUUUUUAACACACAGUGUUUGGGAAGGUUUUUGAAGAAAAAAAUUGACUACGCGUUUUAUUUUUUUGCAGCUGAAUUCGUCGGGCACUUGCAUGAAAUAUAAUUAAUCCGUAGGAAGCGCAAUGGUUUAAAGUAUUGAUGUUGAAGAUUUGAAAAGAUUUAUUGAAAUAGUGUGAGAGAAUGAGCGAGUUGAGUGAGAAGAGUGCGGGAGUGGCCACAUGACGCCUGCGCAGUUGCGGACAAAAAAUAAUCCAUUCCGCCUCCCCAUGGCAAAGGAUGAGUGAAAGAGAAACCUGAUAAACCUUCCCCUCCUCUGGGCACGAUAGAACCUUAUCGGCUGUGUGUUAGAGGGACAGCGAGAUACAACCUUAGAGGUUUUGUUAGUUCCCGCUAGAUGGCAGGCCUCAGAGCGACCACCAGCGACACCCUUCCCGUAUGAAGGCCAUCUCGCCACUGACGAGCUGGAACUAAGCUCCUGACCUCCCUACAUAGUAACGGUCACCCACAUAGGCAUCUAGACUCUUUAGUGGUCAUAUGAUACAAAAUUCAUUGUUUUCGGGCCUGUGACCGUUUUUUACCGUGCACCAAUCGCCUUAAGCUUGAAUAUUAACUUGUUUUGAACAGACUGUCAUAUUGCUGUUAGUUUACAUACUAGUAUUAAUUUCUUGAAUGUGGUGUUAGUAUAGCUAAUGCUCAUUGUUUUUGUCAACAUUUAUUUACUCCCCAAGUUUAUUCCUCUGAGAACUUGGCUAUAAAAUUUAAGCUUAUGUGAUGAAUUUAGCAGUGUCCUGCUUAUAUUUUAAAUUUGAGUUAUGUUCUUUUUUU